AGCCAUGGAAUUUUCGCAUCAUUCUGAGCCUUUCAGAAGGAUGGUCAUCUUUAUUAUGAAGUGGAGGGCUGUUCUAAUGUUGUCUAUUUGCCUCCUGCUUGUUGCUGGUAUCUACAUGUGCUUUCCUAGUGGUGCUGGCUCACACAUACUGUCACAUGGACGUCGUUUGAUGACUGAAGAUUGUGAAAAUCUACAACAGCAAGUAGAGUACUUUCAGACCAUUUCUAUUGCGAGUGAAAAGAAGUAUAAGGACACAGUCGAUCGCAUGAGAAUCCAGAAUUCUGAGAUGAAAAGAAAAUUUGAUGUACAACGAGAUAUUGUCAAAGAUCUAGAGAGAAGAAAUCGACAAAUCGUUGAGAGACUGUCUAAUAUCGAGAGUGGUGGCCCUAGAAAGAGAGAAAAUGACUAUCGAUUAGCUCCCCAUAUAAAACAAGAUGUGCUGCGAAGCUUGAAUAUACAUCAAACGUCUGAAUUCGAAGUAAUACCGUACAUGAGUUUUUCAAAAGAUCGGCUCUAUCAGCUCGAGCCUGGUAUGAUAAAUAGACCUGAAGCAGCUCCAAUUGGUGAUAAAAAAAGAGAGUUACAAGAAAUUUUAGACAUGUCUCUAACUGUGUUGAACUCCAACAAUAAUGGUAAGCAGUAUAAUCAGUGGGAUCUACUUCAAGGCUACUCCCGUAUUGAUAGAAUGACAGGGACGCAGUAUGAGCUGUACUUUUCUAGUAAAGGGAAGAAAAACAAUUUUGAACAUGUUCAAAUGUUUCGUCCAUUUGCCCCACUUCAAAGUGUUCAAGUGCAAAGUUUUGACAAGAAAAAUGAAUGGAUUAAUUUGGUUGUGCCCUUAGCUGGAAGAGUGGAAACGUUUGUGAAUUUUAUAGAUAUGUUUGCUGAACAGUGCAUUAAAAAAGACAAACGUGUGUUUCUGACAAUAGUUUAUUUCGGUGAAGAAGGAUUAGAAGAAACCAAAUCUACUCUGGAAAAAGUAACAUCUCAGCACUCUUUCACACAGUACAAAUUUAUUGAAAGACCUGAUCCUUUUUCUAGAGGUGUAGGCCUACUGGUAGGAGCUGAAUCAUGGGACCGUGGGAACGCAUUACUUUUCUUUUGUGACGUUGAUAUCUACUUAAAGGAUGGGUUUUUGGAUCGAUGUAGAUUGAACGCUGCUCCUGGAAGUAAAGUUUAUUACCCGAUUGUAUUCAGUAUGUACAAUCCCUCAAUUGUAUAUAGUGAGAUGAACAAAAUUCCUCCAUACGAGGAAUUGUUUGUUAUUAACAGAGACUCUGGAUUCUGGAGGACCUUUGGAUUCGGUAUGACCUGCAUGUAUCGUUCUGACUUUCUGUUUAUGCGUGGAUUUGACACCAAAAUACAAGGAUGGGGAUAUGAAGAUGUAAAAUUGUAUAGGAAAUUUGUGAAGAGCAACAUCGAUGUUGUUCGAUCACCUGAUCCAGGCAUAUUCCACAUAUGGCAUGAAAAAAACUGUGACCCACAUCUUCAACCAGCUCAGUACAAUAUGUGUUUGGCUAGCAAAGCACUCGGUGAAGCUUCUCAUGCUCAAUUAGGUAUGCUGGCUUUUCGAGAGUUAAAACGGGAAAAUGAAUUAUUGCACUCCGAAACAAAAGAUGAAAAUGUGGAGCUGCAAAACGAGUUGGAUGAUGAUGAUGUAUGGUUAGAAGUGAAUAAACAGUUUGACAACUAGAUCUAGAUAAUUGAUGUAUAGCUACAUGCACUACAUGAGUUAAAACAGGAAAUUACUGAAAGAUGAAAAUUUGGCGAAUCACCCUAGCUCCAUAAUUUAAUUGAUGUAUAAUUAUUGUUAGGAGUGAAUACCGUAUAGCGUGAAAU